AUUACGUUUUUUCUCGCUGACAAAGGCAAAUGAAGCCAUGUUUUUGCUUACAAACAAGUAACAUCUUAACGCCUUGAUCCGGAGCCGUGCGCCGGUGCGCUGUGUAGGAGAGGCCGCCCGGGGAAGGAAAAAAACCCUUCGCUCGCUCUUAAUAUUUAUCACAUCUGGACAUUUGUAACGGGAUAGAUGAUCGUUUUUUGACACCUUUACUCGGGAUAUCUUUUUUUUAAAGCAAACUACUUGACAGCGACCUACAACUCUCAAAACAGAGCAAGGACGCAGCGCCAAACCCCAAAGGAAAUAUUGUUAAAUAAGAAAAUGAGUUUCGGGGCGAGCUGGUGAACCAGCGGUGGACACGAGGCGAGAGGACCAGCAGCCGCUGCCAGGCCUCCCAGAGACUGCAGAGCCGUCGACCAAUCAUGAUGAGUGUAGAGGGUGACGACAAGCGAACUCGCACUCGGUCCAAGGGAAUCAGAGUUCCUAUUGAGCUCGUAGGACAAGAGCUGAGCUGCCCCACCCCUGGAUGCAAUGGCUCUGGCCAUAUCAGUGGGAGAUACUCACGACACAGAAGCAUUCUGGGAUGCCCCAUAGCCAGAAAGCGCCGUCUAGAGGAAGCAGAGGCUGAGCAGGAGCAAGAGCAGGAAACAGAGCGGCCUGCCUCCAAGAGGAAGUCCCACCCCCUGAAACUGGCCCUGGAUGAGGGCUUCAGUGCAGAGAGCGAUGCCAGCAGUGAGGCUGAGGGUGACGUAGAGAAAGACGGAGAGAAAGCAGAAGAGACCAAGGAGGUGGAGGAGGAGGAGGAGGCGGAGGAUGAAGCGAGGGAGGCAGCUGUAGAGGAGGAGACAGAGGAGGUGACAGAGUACCUGACACAGGAUGGACAGACAAAUGGACAGGAGGAGAUAAUACAGAUGGAGGAGGAAGAGGGAAGGGAAGAAGAAGAAGAAGAAGAGACAUAUCAGAAGGAGGAGAACACACUUGUAGCUGAUGAAGAAGAGGAGUGUGUAAUCAUCGAGCCUGAGCUUGGAGCAGCACCACCUGCAACCGAGGAGUGUCAGUCUCCCUCCCAGAGUGCAGAAGAGGUGGCCAACUCUCUUCUCCACCUCGGCCGAGUCUCCAAAAGCACUGCUCCAACUGUGGCCCCUCAGCUGCCCGUUGCUGUGGAGACUCAGGAGGAUGUCACUGUGGCGGCAGAACAGGGUGAAGAAGUAAAGGAUGAGCAGAAGGAGGACAUGAAUGAGGGGGAGGAGGAACAGGAGGAGGUGGCACACAGAGUUCAAACACCGGAAGAGUCAUCUGUCCUGCCGAAGGAGGCAGCUGAAGUGGAGGAGGAGGAGUUGGAGGAGUUGGAGGAGAAGGUAGAAGAUGAGAAAGGAGAGUGCCCAGAUGGGAGCAACAACGUGAGCCAGGAGAACCACCAAUAUCUGACCGAAGAUGUCCACCACGAACAGAUCAAAGAUGAUGAUGAUGAUGAGGAGGAGGAGGAGGAGGAGGAGGAGGAAGACGAGAUGGCAGCGCCAGCGCAGCAGGGGCAGGGCACUCUAGCAGAAGAAGAGGAGGAUGAGGAGAAAGAUGAAGAGGACCACAAGGAGGCAAACCACCUUCUGCCCAUAUCUGAUGUGCCAACUGCCAUCCGCACCAUCACCAGCACCGCAGCAGCUCAGGGAACACAUAAUAAGGCUGAAGACCACAGGGCCAGUCCUCUGGAGGACUACAACUCACACAGGGCCAGUCCCCUUGAAAACUACAACACCAACAGAGCCAGUCCACUCCACAAAUAUGAUUCUCAUAAACCUAGCUCACUUCAAAACUACAAGGCCAGCCCUCCUUUAAGCUACAGCUCCCACAGGGCCAGUCCGCUGGAGGACUACAUUUCCAGCCUUAGAGGUGAGAACUAUAAAAUCCACAAAGCCGUGUCCUCUGCCUCUCCCGACAUCAUCGAAGUGCGAUCAGAUAGGUCGGAGGAGAGAGACUUUGAUGAUGUGGAUGGGGACGACGAGCGCGAUGAUGACGACAGCCUGUCACAGCGUUCCACGGUGACGGAUGAGUCGGAGAUGUUCGACAUAACCCGAGGGAACCUGGGCCUGCUGGAGCAAGCCAUUGCCCUGAAGGCAGAGCAGGUGAAGCCAGCCGGGCCCAGAGAGCUGCUUCGCGCCCCAGAUAUCCACCACCAGCGAUACUUCACCAUGGAUGACAGGCCCAAGCACCUGGACGUCAUGCGCAAGAGCUACUUCAGCAAAGAGAGCAGCAGGCCAGAGAAGAGGGAGAUCAAGUGUCCCACCCCGGGGUGUGAUGGGACAGGUCACGUGACCGGUCUUUACCCCCACCACCGCAGCCUGUCAGGCUGUCCGCACAAGGACAGGAUCCCCCCGGAGAUUCUGGCCAUGCAUGAGAAUGUGCUGAAGUGUCCAACACCUGGCUGCACCGGUCAGGGCCAUGUUAACAGCAACCGUAACACACAUCGCAGUCUCUCUGGAUGCCCCAUCGCUGCUGCAGAGAAGCUGUCCAAGAGCCACGACAAGCAGCAUCUCUCUCAGCCAGGCAGCGAGCACCUCAAAGGAAGUCCCAACGACAGAGUGUUAAGGCCCAUGUGCUUCGUGAAGCAGCUGGAGGUGCCCCAGUACGGCAGCUACAGGCCCAACAUGGCCCCCGCCACGCCUCGCGCCAACCUGGCCAAGGAGCUGGAGAAGUACUCCAAGGUGUCCUUCGAUUAUGCAAGCUUCGAUGCUCAAGUGUUCGGGAAGCGCGUGCUUGCUCCAAAGAUGCCCACCAGCGAAACCUCACCCAAAGCCUUCAAAACUAAGCCCUCAUUCCCCAAGUCACCGUCACCCAGCCUCAGUCUCCACGGUUACGGAAAGAGCUCCUCUUUGGCCUAUGACUACUCCCAUGAUGCUGAGGCUGCUCACAUGGCCGCCACUGCCAUCCUGAACCUGUCCACACGCUGCUGGGAGAAGCCUGAGAACCUCAGCACCAAACCCCAAAACAAGGAAAUGGACAUUGAGGUGGAUGAGAAUGGCACCCUGGACCUCAGCAUGAAGAAGCCCAUUAAACGAGAGGGCAGUCUGUCUGGCACCAGCCCUGGGGUUCGGUCCCCAGACCCUUCUUCCUCCUCAUCUUCCUCCCUCCAUCAUGGUGGAAGCAGUGGCAUGACAUCACCAAACCUACACACCUACAAGCAGGAGGAGUGGGAGGGACCUCUGGAUUACACCAAACCCAAUCGCCAAAGGGAGGAGGAAAUGGACGAGAUGGAGCACACAGGCCAGUCCUUCGUCUCGUCUGACCCAGAGGACUGUGACAUGAUGCAGGACUCUCUGGAGGAGAGGAAGUACCCAGGAGAGGUUACGACCCCGAGCUUCAAGGUCAAGUUCCAGCCUAAGGAUAGCAAGAAAGAGCUGCUCUCGUGCCCUACACCUGGUUGUGAUGGCAGCGGUCACAUCACAGGAAACUAUGCGUCCCAUCGCAGUCUGUCUGGGUGUCCUCUCGCUGAUAAGAGCCUUCGGUCCCUCAUGGCGGCCCACACCCCUGAACUCAAAUGCCCCACUCCAGGAUGUGAUGGCUCAGGCCACAUCACAGGAAACUACGCAUCCCACAGAAGUAUCUCUGGGUGCCCGCGUGCCAAGAAAAGUGGAAUUAAAACUCCUACCAAGGACAACCAGGAGGACUCCGAGCUUUUAAAAUGCCCCGUGCCAGGCUGCGACAGUUUGGGUCACAUCAGUGGGAAGUACGCCACACACCGUAGCGCCUACGGGUGUCCACUAGCAGCCCGCAGACAGAAGGAGGGUCUCUUGAAUGGCACACCCUUCAACUGGAAGGCCUUUAAGACAGAGGGGCCUACUUGUCCCACCCCAGGUUGUGACGGCUCUGGUCAUGCUAACGGAAGCUUCCUCACACACCGCAGCCUCUCAGGAUGCCCCAGAGCCUUGUACGCCAAGAAGAAGGCCAAGUUCCCCUCAGAGGACUACCUAAGCACCAAGUUCAGAGCCAGUGAUGUUUUGGACAACGAUGAGGACAUCAAGCAGCUCAACAAAGAGAUUAAUGACCUCAAUGAAUCCAACAAUGAAAUGGAGGCUGACAUGGUCAACCUGCAGACUCAGAUCUCCUCCAUGGAGAUGAACCUGAAGAGCAUCGAGCAUGAGAACAAGAUGAUUGAGGAGCAGAAUGAGGCUCUGUUCAUGGAGCUAUCUGGUCUCAGCCGCGCCCUGAUCCGCAGCCUGGCUAAUAUUCGCCUGCCACACAUGCAGGAGCCAAUCACCGAGCAGAACUUUGACAGCUACGUGAGCACCCUGACCGACAUGUACACCAACAAGGACUGCUUCCAGAGCCCUGAGAACAAAGCUCUGCUGGAGAGCAUCAACAAAGCUGUGAAGGGCAUCAAAGUCUGAGGCUUGACCCACACACAUACACACAAAAUGUAAACUGUCCUGAAGCGCAGGAGCGUGACGGAGGUGGAGAUGGAGGGAUGGGAAGAUGAAGGAGAGAUGUUGAAAUACUCUACAAUAUAUUGAAAUAUGAUUCAAAAACAAAAAGGGAAUUCAGGUUAUUUAAAUAAACGGCAACUUAAAAAAAUCAACCCAGGGAGCACUCUGUAAGAAGAAAAGUGACGCGGACCAAAAUCCACACCAUGCUGCUGCUGGGAUUAGGAGCAGGAAACAGAUCCUUCAGUCAGAAUGGAUGGAAAAGAAGAAUAAUGUUACUAGAAACUGUAUCUGGGGGUUUUAAUAUGCUGUAUGUUUACCUGUUGUCUCUUUUGUGUCCUUAACUGUUUUUGGAGAAGGUUUCACUGUUGAGCGGCUGAUCAGUUUUUUGCGCUUCGCACCAAUUGAAACAUGGAGGAACGUGGAACACGGGAUUGCUUACAGGAGCUUGGUGACACAAAGACGAGGACGCAGAUGAGUUGCUGUCCUGUAGUGUACACUGUGGCAAGCGUGUGUGACUCCAGAAGCUCUCUGAUUCAUGACCACACACACAGACCCCGGCAAUAUGAAGCAUGCACUAUACUGAAUUUGUGUUUGCUUUGUGGUAUUACUGCGGCAAAGAUGUCAACAGCGCAAUGUUGACUCAGUUUAGCAGGAGGGGAAAAAAAACUUCAAGCAAGGUCAUGAGACAGAUCCAGGAACAGUGGAGGUUGUUUAUUUUUCAUGGGACAGUGGAUAUCAUGAUUUAAAAAGCAGCAGAUAAAUCCUUUUUCUUUUGUUUUUUUUUAAACUGAAAUGAUAAUAGUAAUAGUGUGCACACAUUUCAAAUUCAGUUAGUCAUAUCAAUAGUAUUUAUCAAUAUAGGAAUUGCACUUCAUUUCAAUGAAUAGUUUUGUGGUACAAUAAUUAUUGUUAUAUAUGAAUUAUUUAAACUUGUGAACUUUUAAAUUGUAACUUAUUGCCAUUUAUGUUAUUGAGGUUUAUUUAUUUGAAGCAAUCUAUUUAUUGUUUUGUAACACACACACACACAAAAAAUACCAUCCUGACUGAUGAUCAUGGUCAAAAGUGAUUUGCAGAUGUCUUACGUCAAUAUUUUAAGAAACUAUAUAGAUAACUGACGAGGCAUAUUUUGUUUUGAGUACUUUUUAAAAACCUUUUUAAGUGCAGAUGUUUUAUAACUGACAAAAUCUUUUGAUAAUUUUACAAAAAAAAGUUAUCUUUUGGGGUUGUUUUUCUUUUUUUUCUGUUUUUUUUUCUGUUACUGCUACAUUCAGAAAACCACUGCUAAGAAAAAAGAAAGUAUGUAUUUAUUAUUUAUUUAAUAUGAAAGAAAUUGACUGAUAUGGCUGUAUAUUUAUUUUGUUAUUUAUUUGCGUGAUGUGAUGGUUAAGUCUGAGUAGUCUUAAAGAUCCACUACUGAUAUUUAAAUAAAGAAAAAUCAAUACAAAUACUGUUUGAUUACUUAGGCUUAUACCUAGACAUACCAGCAGCUGAUUGUAAAGACAAAAAAAGUAACCCAACAAAAGCAAUCACUGUUCUGUUGCUAUCUGGUCUCUCUGUGUUUGCUUUUGUCAGGUCAAAGAAAACCAGGAGAAAAAAAAAACCAGUCGAGUUCAAAAAUGUUACCUCUCCCAAGCGCUUUGUAGCGGCCAGCACUGGCUCACCCAAAACCUCUGUAAUGUACCACAGAUGCUAAAGUUAUGCUUUUAAUUCUUUUUGUCUUAUUUAUUAUUUUCAUCAGCACAAUGGUACAUUUAUAGAGCUGUAUUCCAGCAGUGCUUCAGGCUGGAUGUAUGGGUCUAAAACACACACACACACACACACACACACACACACACACACACACACACACACACACACACACACAGUGACAUAUCCAACCGUCGAAGAUACUGUAGGAUGGCCUCCUUUGACAAACUUCUAUCAGAUAAACAUACGCACCCUUGUAGCCUUACUCUAGAUUUUAAUUUUUUGAUGCACAAAGUGCCACUACUUAAAAAAAAGAGAAAAAAAGAACUCACUUUCUUUCCUGAUUCUUCGCAUUUUCUGCAAUGUAACAAUGUCUGGUCCCAGGAUGACCACGGCAUCAAGAGAGUGGUGAUUGUUUCAGAUGCCUUUAUUUCUCUGCCAAGAUGGCCAUUAGUACACUAUAUAUACAUUCUGUAUAAAUAGAUUUUAAAGAUGCUAUAUAUAUGAAUAUAAACAUACAUAUAUUUUUCCAGUGUAAUUGUUAACUUGCUCUUCUUCUUCUCUUGUAUUACCUUAACAAAAGGAUCACUAGCUGUCUAGAAGAGAUGCGAGGGGCGUUUUCAAUAGGAGGCAGUUACACCUUAUCACUAAGACCUGCUCAACUGUGGCUUUAAACAUACCAUUCACUCCAACUCAAGGCAAAGUAGGCAUUGUUGAUGAUACAGUACUUUGGAAGUGUUUUCAUAGGUUUCCUUUCUUUCCCCAUUUCCUGUAUUUGUCUGUCCUUGAUCCAAAAUGUCAAAAACAUCUACUCUAUGUUGUACUACUGAAUCUGAGAAAUAACUGUCAAUUUGAAACUAGAUGGUUGACUCUUUGUUCCUAAGUGUCAUGUGAGUUCAUGUAUAGUUAAAAAAAAAAAAGAAAAAAAAAAGACGAUGCCUCUGAAUAAUGUUCUGCACAUAGUGUUUGGCAACAUUGUGCAGUUAUUGUAUUGUUACUAGUAAGGCCUACUCACUAUGAGCCCAUUCUCUCUGAUGUUGAAACAAGCAAGUAGGGGACUUUAGUUUUAACCUGCCUUUGAGUGAGUUGUUGCAGCUACUGUGGUGUACAGUAUGAUACCCUUGUGUAACUCUGAUGUCAAAGGCAUGUUGUAAAUGUGCUCUUAGCCAAUAUAGAAUGAAACUCCUUUGUGCACUUUCUGAAUAACUGUUGAAAAUGCCAGCAUUUGAGUCUCGACUUGUAAGAACCCCAAUAGAUCACGAGCAAUAGCAAGUACUCGCCUUCAUCGGAGGGCGCACUACGAAGCGUUGUCACACUUGUUUGUUUCCGUAGAAAACAACCUGUAUGUUAUGUCAGAUAGGGAGGUCUGUUUGAUUUAGGGGGUUCAGCCCGUGCAGUCAAAGCUCGAAAAUGUAUAAAAAGGAACUUUCUUUUCCGAACAAAAACCAAAAGAGAUUGACAGGAAGCAGAGUUUGGUUCUCAGGUGACCGGGGAGAGCUGCUAAAGCAAAACAGAGCAAUGCCAUAGGUCAGCCAGUCAGCUGAGGCUAGAGGCGAUGGCAGCGGCUGGAUCAAGGCCUCCUGUGGAAUGAGAUGAGUGUGUGGGAGUGGGAAAUUGAUUUGCCAGGCUACACAAUCUCCCCCUUGUUUUAGGAGGAGGCGUUUUGUUGCAUAAAUAUGUGUCCAUCACUCAAAAGAAUGUCGAAGCUUUUUAUGACUUUUAAACCCACCCCACCCCGCCCCC